AUGUUUCGCUACCACGUGGAGCUGGUGGGAUGCGAGUGGACGAAUGAUCAGCCCCCGGAGGGCGCUCCAGUAGCAUGUUUUGAGGUUUACUGUCACAGGCAUGGUGCCCGAUAUCGAGUGACACAUUUUCCAUUUGAGUUUACGGUGCGCAGUGCGCCAGAGACAGACACACUAUUUCUCUUACUGCUGCGUGGGGACACCGUUUUGGCAAGUGGCGACGCGGUUCAUAUUGGUGGCACCAACCGGUGUGUGGGCCUCCGCACAGUAGCACUCAAGGCCGGGGGGGCAGUUCUGUGCAAGGUGCGCAUUAUGUGGUGUGUUGAGGCGGAGGAUCGGACGGUGUUUUUGAGAGGGGUGGAGAACUGUGCGGGAAGCGAGGGUCGUGCCACGCCGGAUGCAGAGAGAGAUCGACCUUCUAUACACGUCGGAGGGGCGUCGGUCGCGAGCGGUACAUUGGUGCGACGUACGUGUCCUACGGAAAAACCAUCGACUGUUUUAGAGGUUUCUCCCGUCUGCUGUGAGGGAUCGGCGCCAAGUGGGACGGCGCAGCAUCAAGAGGAGGGGGCUGCAACUUGGCUCAGUAAUGUUUCUCCACCGUCUCCGCCGGCUCCGCCAGAGAAGGGAGCUCAGUGGUCGGUGGGGAGCCCCCAACACGCCCUGAAGGAUCUUCUUGAUUACUACGUAACCUCCACACAGGUUGUUGAGCGACCGAGGGCAUGGCGAAACUUGUAUACUAGUCCUGCCCCGCUUCUUGUUGCGAGUGGUUUGCUGCAGGACGAGGCGGAAUCAAUUCCGAUGAAGAAGUCUGAAACGCAGUGCGCACCUCGUGCCUCUCUUUCAGUUGUGGGGAGUUCAGCCCUCGAGGAUAUUCGCCUGCAUCCUACAAAGGCUCCGCAGGACGCGGACGAUCUCCACCAGACCCUCUACAGACAGAAAAUGAAAGUGAAGUGGCGGACCGUUGUGUCUCCAGCGCUUGCCGCCCUACCGUCUGCAAUGCAUGAGGGUUCAUGA